AUGUUCGGACAAGAAUCUAGCUUCUACUCUCUCGGUGGGAUCAUGAUGAUCCUGGGAGUUUCGACACUGGGCAACCUGAACACCAAGGCUAUGACCCAGGAAAACAUUGGCCUGACUUUCUGGAGAAUCAUCAUCUCCGCCGGCGUCCUGGCAAUGAUAGUUAGCGUGGUGAACGUUCUGGCAAGCUACAUCUUCAGCGACCCCGAGACCGGCGUCAGUGCCCGCCAGGUGCGGGUCGACGGCGCUGUUGCACCGCAAAAGGCAAUGAGCCGGACUAGCAGCCACCGCACCCUUCACUUGAGCGUGAAGCGCGAGGAAACCCUGCCCACCUAUUCUCGCCAAAACCCCGUCAAGCGUGCCACCAAGCGUCUCACCGGCCGAUUCCCACUCAAGAUCUCCAAGCCCAUAAGCCCGACGCUUGUUGAGGAGAACGAUGCUGCUUCCUCCAAGUACUCUCGUGAUUCUGCGGAGAUCCGUCCUCCCGACCUCGCACACCACCCUGCUCUGUACUCGGGCCAUAUGGUUUGA